AAGGUUACCAGGAACUCCAAGGCCGCAGAGGGGCAGGGAUCCCGGUGACAAAGAUGGGGUUGUUUUCUGUCUUCCACUCGCAGACCUGAAACCUCCCUUCAGACAUCCUAGAUACUGCCUAGGGCUCAGGCUAAAGGCCGUGCCCGUCCAAAGCGCCCCCAUCCGUUCUGGGGAGCGAAACCCAACCCCUGGGGUCCAUCCCAACGGAGCUUGAGCGGGGAAUGCACCAGCCAACGGGGCCUUCCGGAUUCUGCGCCGGCGCAGCCUCUGGCCUCAGUCCAGGAGGGAGAUUUGCCCUUCGGUCUGGGCUGGGGGGAAAGGCAGCCGUGGCCUGGGCCACGGGUGAGGGCAGAAUAACCGGUGGGAAGGCUGCGUUUUCACGAAGGACUCGGGUGAAACUCCAGAGCUGCCUUUUAGCCCUGACUCCUUGGCUUCCUGGGUCGGAGGAGAUCUUGUAAUGGAGUGGUUCUUCGUCUCCCACUAACAAGAUGCCUGAUUUCCUCAGGAUCGAGGGAUUGAAGAAUGUCUCGGGUUCCACUGGGGAAAGUCCUCCUGAGGAAUGUCAUCCGGCAUACAGAUGCUCAUAAUAAGAUUCAGGAAGAAUCAGAUAUGUGGAAAAUAAGAGAACUAGAGAAACAGAUGGAAGAUGCUUACCGGGGAUCCAAAAGGAAAAUGUUACCUAGCAGUUCAAGCCGGAUGCGUAGUGAUGGUUUUGAUGAAGAAAGUCAGAGAGACUAUUGGAAGCCAAGGCAUGAAAUUUCUGGGACACUAGAAGAUGAUUUUCUUAAGGCUAAAUCCUGGAACAAGAAGUUAUAUGAUUAUGAAGCUAACAUGCCAGACAGAUGGGGUCACAGUGGUUAUAAAGAGUUAUACCCUGAAGAAUUUGAGACAGACAGUAGUGAUCAGCAAGAUGUUAUCAAUGGAAAAAAGACAUCUCCCCAGGUAAAAUCAACUACCCACGAAUCCCGCAGACACAAGAAGUCAAAGAAAUCUCACAAAAAAAAGCAGAAAAAAAAGUCACACAAAAAACAGAAGAAAAGCAAAAAGGAAGCCAUAGAUGUAGCAGCACAUUCCUCAACUGAAAUCUCAGAAGAAACUGAGGCUUCCAGUACCAGGAAAAGGAAACAACCACAUAAGCGCAAGAAAAAAUCCAGGAAAAAGUCUCUCAAAAAACCUGCUUUGUUCUUAGAGUCAGAAAGUGACACUUUUCAGUCAGAUGACUCAGCAUCCAGCAGCUCUGAGGACAGUCAGGAAAGAGACACUAAGAAAACCAAAAGGAAAAAGAGAGAGAGGAAAGUUCAUAUCCCUGUAACUAACAAUGAAAUACAGGAAAGGACAAACAAACGCACAAAUUGGAAAGUGGCCACAGAUGAAAGGUCUGCUGAGAGUUCAGAGGAUGACUAAAUGAGAAGAUCCAUUGUUCAGUUUCUCAUGUGACUCUGCAUAUUUACAGCCCUUAUACCUUGGGGCUUUGGCAGUGACUCUUAUUCAGCACAGGGGGCCUGAGGUCAGCUGUCUUGUGCCAGCUGUGUCCAUUCUGAUAGACUUCUUUCCUUCUAUUUUGGCCUGUUAAACUUGAUCCUCUUUUAUUGUUAAUAGGGAAUCUGGUAUUUUGAUAUGAAGGUUUCUUGAAAAGAUUAUUUUUUGCAAUUAAUCAUGUGUAGUUUAGAGUACGUAUACAACAAAUUAAAGGACCCAGAAAGCUGAAUCCAAUAACGGCCUGGGCACACCUACUGGAAUGUUUGAGUUUGGGGAAAGCAAGGGCUGGGAUCAAGAGGUGGAUUGGAACCAGUGUUGAGUAGAAUGGUAUGACAAGGGAACAUUUGUCUUGUGCUCUUGUCUCCCUUUAUAUAGCAGGAAACAAAAACUUUUGUUUCCAGGCUUGGUGCUUUGAUCCUUCUAUAUUUUGCCCCCCCAGAUGUGGUCCAGUUUACUUAAUGAGGAAAUGGGUCUAUGAACAAACUUCUUUCCUUCCUAACAUCUGUAGAUAGCUACUAUUAGAAGGCCCUAGGGCUUUCUCAAAAUUUCCCUGCUGGACAGGGUCUAUAAAACUAUGCUUAAUAUACCCAUAAAUAUGGUAAUUGGAUAAGUGGUUUCCUAAUGAACAUUGCCUAAAUGGACUUGUGUUUGAAAUUAAUUUCUUAAGUUGUCUUAGAUAAUCCUCUAACCAAAUGGAGACGAAUUAGGAAUUAGUCAUGCUGUCUAAUGGUGCUCUGAACAGGAUUUCAGGGUUGCAACUGCCAUUUAAAUGUUGUUUUCCAUGUUUAUUUCUCAAUCUAUUAAUGAACUUCAAAUAGUCCUUGAAACUAAGUAUAAUCAGUUCCAAAAUGAAACAGGCUUCUCAGGGACAUAGCCAGUUCUUCCCAGUCUGCCUUUAAAUUAAAGCAUUGAGGCAGAGACCAUAUUUCCGGAUGUCAUACUAUGAUCCCUAACAUGUUAAUUCUUAAGAAACCAAAAUAUCACCAAGACAGGCAGAACACAAGUAAAUUUUUUCAUUGUGGGAGAAAAGUUCUCUUCCUGGCCUCACCUUCCCCAUGUAUAAUACAGAAGUACUUCAUGGUAGCGUAACAAUAUACAACACCAGCAAUAGAACGUAACUGUGACAUUCUAUGGGGUGGUAAUAUUUUCUAGUUCUAUUAAAUUUGUUCUUUUUAUGGAACAGAUUUCUAAUAAAGUGCUUAGUCUUAAAAUAAUGUGGUUGGCCAGAGGUUCCCUAUCUCUUGAUUAUGAGCAGGUGCUACCUUAUGGGAUAUUUAUUUGAAAUAUUAAUACUUUGGCACUGAUCUGUCCAUUUUCCAUGGUGUGUAAUUUUUAUCUUUGGUAUUAGUGGGGGCUUAAGGGGAUAGAUAAGUCUCUAAUUACUGCCUCUUAACCUAAAGCAACUAUUACAUUCUUGGAGCAAAUGGAAUCCUUGUUGAAAGUUUUUAUCAUGUAUUUUUAGCAUUGUUUCUGUGCUGUAAAAAGUGCUGUCCUGAUUGUAAGCCGACUCAGGAAGGUGGGCUAAUGGAACAAGUCACCUCCAGGAAUUCAGCUCUAUUUGGGUCAUAACCUUCUCCACCUCCAAUACUAGCAGGCCUCUUUUCCAACUAAUACGGCAUCUUGCCUGUUGUUUUUGGCCAUGGUUAUCUUUUCUUGGUCAUGUGUGAGCAAUAAAGCUGUCUUCGUUCUUCACCUAUCUCAACCCCAAACUCUCCUCCUUGUCUUAACUAAAACUUUGAUGGUUCUUCUAAACCAAACCAAACCAAACCCACUGCUGUUGAGUCAAUUCAGACUCAGAAGCCCUACAAGACAGAGUAGAACUGCCCCACAGUUUCCAAGGAUGCAAAUCUUUAUAGAAGCAGGCUGCCACAUCUUUCUCUUGUAGAGCAUCUGAUGAGUUUGAACUGCUGACCUUUUGGUUAGCAGCCAAGCACUUAACCACUGCACCACCAAGGCUCCUUCAUGGUUCUUCUAGCCCCCUUAAAUAUGGCUUAGAGUGGCUCUUCAAAAUCUUUCAAGAUCUCUCAUUUGCACUGCCAGCCUUGGAACAUACUUAUUUCUAGUGUUCCUGACA